AUGAGUCAACACAACGCACGGUCGAAGUGCGUGUACGUGGGGUCGAUCCCUUACGACCAGACAGAGCAACAAGUGCUUGACCUGUGUUCGAACGCUGGGCCCGUGGCGCGGUUCAGGAUGGUGUUUGACCCGCAGACGGGCAGGUCCCGCGGGUACGCCUUUGCCGAGUACAGGGACCUUGAGUCCAGCGCUGCAGCGGUCCGCAACCUGAACGGGUACCCGCUCGGGUCGAGGCACCUGAAGUGUGGGUACGCUACCGGGAGUGACCUGGACAACAACAACAGCGGAAGUGCGGGCGGUGGUCUCAUGGACAGCACGAUGCAGGAGCAUGGUGGCGAGGGGAUGCGGUUCCCUGGGCUGCCCGCCGGGGUGGACGUAAACAUUAACAUGACGACGCCUGCGAUGGUGAUAUCGAGCGAGAUCGGGAGGCUGACGAGGCAGCAGCAGCUGGACACGCUGCGCGGGUUGCAGAACUGGGCACGCGGGGACCGGGCCGGUGCGCAGACGCUUGUAGGGGAGUAUCCGCAGCUCACGUUCGUCAUCGCCGAGUUGCUACUGACGACAGGGCUGUGCCAAGUGGACGAUCUCACGCAGCUGGCCACCACGAGGCAGAACGAGGACCAGCCCGCGACAGAGGCCCGCGAGGGACCACCCGCCAUUGACGAGGAGACGUACAAGAGACAACUCGCGCUACUGCGGCAGGUGUUGCAGCUUUCGGACAGCGAGAUAGCGGCGCUGCCGGAUAACGAGCGGAUGACGCUGUGGGACCUGCGGCAGAGGACAAUGCGUGGCGAGUUCGGUACAGUGUAG